UCUCCAGUUUCCGCGCGUUCUCACCCGUCGAAGGACGUCGGGGCGUCGCGAUCAUCAUCACAGGCGGCCGUGUCGGAUGUCACACAUUUGGGCCAAUUAAUAAACGGUGUAUGACAGCCGCGGAAAGGAAAUAAAAGACGAUUUUAAUAAGUCGGGGAAUCUUUCAUCUCGGGAUCAAGAGCGCGCCGUGGCGGUUAUGAAGAUCGUAGGUGGCGUAAAGUGAUUCGGAAAACUUCUUGUAAACUAGAUUUAACGCAGUUUUCGGUGAACUGGUGGUUGAGGAUGUUCUGCAGUGAUAACGCGACCAUGGGAGGUUGUGCGAGAAGUGUUUUUUCCGAUAGGAAGUCUGCGCUGCUCCAGUUCGUGCUCUUGAUGGUGUUUUUAAACGAUCUGACGUGCGCUCUGAAAGACAUGAGGGUCACAAUUCCUCAAGCUGCAAGGAUUAUGGACACAGUUUCACUUCAAUGCUUUUACGAUUUGGAGGGAGAGCCUCUGUACACGGUUAAAUGGUACAAAGGUUCCAAGGAGUUCUUCCGGUUCAUCCCCAAGGAAUUGCCGAACACUCAAGUGUUUCCCCUUCCAGGAAUCGAUGUUGAUUUGAGCAAGUCGAAUCAGAACGAGGUGGUGCUGAGGCACGUACAACCUGAAGUAACCGGAAAAUACAAGUGUGAAGUUUCCUCCGACGCUCCGAAUUUCUACACCUUAUAUGUUUCAGGAUAUCUAUACGUGAUAGACACGCCUGAGGAGGACCCCGUCAUGUGGGUAGAAACAGACUUUCCCGAAAUUGGAUAUUCCAUACGUGGAAAUUGCUCGACGCCGCCUAGCUACCCGCCAGCCAAUAUCACAUGGCUGAUUAAUGGAAAGAAGAUAAACGAGAGCUCCUCAUUCCAACAUCAAGACCCGAACGCAAUAUCGAGCAUGAGCAGGCGUCAACCCAUGAUUACCACCUCGCUUCUCGAGUUUGAAAUUGACGGUGACACUUUCCAAGGCGGCAGAGCAAAGGUUGAAUGUGUUGCUUCGGUGUUCAACCUGUAUAAAAGAUCGGUGGAAAGGGUUCUGGAAGAGGAGAGACCAAGGCCCAGACCCUCGUCAGUUUUGGGAACCAGGGAUUCAGCAUCAGCUAUUCCAGUUGCCAACCUGAAGCUCUACAUAGUUAUAGUGAUUGCCAUUAUUUUCGUAAGACUGCGGUAACAAUAAGACUGUGAAAUGUUGAACCCGAAGGAACAAUCAUAUGUUGUAUAUAGCGAAAGAUGCUGUACAUAUUCCAAUUAAAUCUAGAAAAUUAGA